ACACCUAGAACAGUUUCUGUACAAGCUAGGCCUCUAAAAAAUAUUUGUGGAUUUAGUGAAUUAAUAAAAUUAGUUACCCUGGUUACAGGUCUUCUUUCUUGUGUGCGUUCUUCGAAGUAUAUGCCAUGUAUCCCUUUAUCACUUAAUUCUUAUUCCCCAGGGUGCCCUCAGAAGCCUCCAGUUGAAACUCCGGCAGAAGCCAGGCAUGAUGGCUGUGGACACAAGAAAGUCUGCUGGCCAGCUGUUCCAAGCCCCAUGGGGUCAGCAGGGGCCUGUGAUGGUGAAAGUGAAGUUGGAGGAAGACCACCCCAGGAAUCAGGGUCUCAGCCUUCCAGAGAACCAGCCUCCUGCCUGGGAGAUCUUCAGGCAGCAAUUUAGACACUUCUGCUACCAGGAUUCCCCUGGUCCCCAAGAAGCACUGAGCCGGCUCCGGGAGCUCUGCCAUCAGUGGCUCAGGCCAGAGACACAUACCAAGGAGCAGAUCCUGGAGCUGCUGGUGCUGGAGCAGUUCCUCUCCAUCCUGCCCCGGGAGCUUCAGGCCCAGCUGCAGGAACAUCAUCCAGAGAGUGGGGAGGAGGUGGUGACCAUGCUGGAGAAUCUGGAAAGAAAGAGAAAUCUUUCAGCCUGUGCUCUGGAACAGAAGAUCCUUUUGCAUACAGUGACACUUAAGACACUAGAUGAAGAAUCUUCAUGUACCCGAGUUCAGCCUCCAGCAGUCCAGUUCAAGGGCAAAGGACCUGAGCCCCACCCUUCAGAGGAAAGAGAUGGUGGUGUGAGGACUGAGAACCUGACAUUAGAAGUGAAGCAGGAACCUUAUGAAGAAACAUUAUGGUGUAGGGAGGGGUCUGAUGGACAUCAUGAAACCAUGUGUCAGCGUGCCACAUACAGAGGAGACAGUGAGCCUAGUGGAAGUUUGGAGUUACAGGAUGGGGAUGCCACAGGUGAAAAAACAUAUGAAUGUGAUGAAUGUAGGAAAACCUUCAUUUGUAUAAGAGGCCUUCAGAUGCAUAGGAGGAUCCACAUUGGGAAGAAACCAUAUUCCAGUACAGAAUAUGAAAAGGCCUUCAUCAGACAUGCAGAACCUACCCAGCAUCAGGGGCUUCAAAGCAAGGGAAAACCUUAUCAGUGUAAAGAGUGUGGCAAAGGCUUCAGUCAGAAAUCAGGCCUCUCCCAACAUCUCAAAAUCCACACUGGAGAAAAACCCCAUCAAUGUAAUAAAUGUGGCAAAUAUUUUAGACAGAGAUCGGUUCUUACAAAGCAUCAAAGUCUCCACACUGGAAAGAAACCUUUUGAAUGUAUAUACUGUGGGAAAACCUUCUGCCAUAGUGCAGACCUCACUGAACAUAAGCAAUUUCACAACAAAGAGAAGCCUUAUGAAUGUAAUGAAUGUGGGAAAACCUUCAGGCAGCGUUCAAAUCUUACUGAGCAUCAGCGAAUUCACAGUAAAGAAAAACUCUAUGAAUGUAAAGUAUGUGGAAAAGCCUUCACUCAGUAUGCAGGACUUAACCAACACAGGAGAAUCCACACUGGAGAGAAACCUUUUGAAUGUCCUGUAUGUGGACGAGCCUUUAGCCGGAGCUCAGAACUUAUAAUACAUCACAGAAUUCACUCAGGGGAAAAACCCUAUGAAUGUGCCGAGUGUGGAAAAACCUUUAGCGUGAACUCAACCCUGGUCAUACAUCAGAGAAGUCACACUGGGGAGAAGCCCUAUAAAUGUGAUGAGUGUGGUGAAGCCUUCAGUCAACACUCAGGCCUCAACAAACACAAGUUAGGAGGGAAGCACAGAAACUCUCCUAAACCAAGAAAAUAUAUGUGUGAUGUAUGUGGGAAGACCUUUACGCAGUUAAAUGGCCUGAGAAACCACAAAAGAAUCCACAGUGGGGAUAAGACCUACCAAUGUCCUAAGUGUGGCAAGGCCUUCACAAGGGGAGAGCAUCUUAUUGAACAUCAGGGGAUUCACAACAAGGAGAAGCCUUAUCAAUGUAAAGAGUGUGGCAAAGCCUUCAGUCAGAAGACAGGUCUUAGUCAUCAUCUCAAAAUCCACACAGUAGAGAAACCUUUCAAAUGUUCUGAAUGUGGGCGAGCGUUCAGCUGUAAGUCAAAUCUCAAUAAACAUAAGAGAGUCCACUCUGAGGAAAAGUCCUAUACGUGUAAAUAGUGUGGGAAGGGGCAUACAAGCAGAGAGCAAUACUGAUCCAACAUCAGAGAGGCCACAUCCUACUAAGCCCCCAGCAGUGGUGAAUGAGGUGAAGCCUGCAGUAGAAGCUCAGUUCUGAUUAAGCACCAGAGAAUCCACUAAAAUGACUUCUUGCUAAGGUGUUUGGUGACAACUUCAAGUAGAAUUCAGAAUUUUUUUUAAUUGAGAUAAAAUGUUUCUUGAACUUCCUUAUUUAAAGAACGUCAGAGAUAACACAAUGAAAAGUUGUUUAAAGGUCAUAAAUGCUGGAAAAGUUGAGAUUUUGGAAAAAUAAAUAUCAACAAGAAAUUUACCUGUGAUUAUCUUUGUUAAAUGCAGUGAAGUGUCAUUUAAUACAAUGAAAAGGUACACAAGGGAAGCUGUAAAAAAUAUUUUUAUACUGAAUUCAUGAGUUUUUAUGUUUUGCUUUUUCAAAUCAUUCUGAUUUCUAACUAGCCUUAGCCUAGUCUAAUGUUGAAAUUGCUUCUCUUAAUACCAGUUGAGGUCACAGGACUAUCCAAGAGCUUAGAGUGUGUGAGAUGAGUUGUCUCUGUUUCCCUCCCACCUUGGCUACCUAACCAAGCCUCUGACCAUAAGUGGUGGCCUGCAGACCCUUCCUGAUCCCCAGCCCCAGAACUAGGAUUUCCUGGUGAAAAAGGACAUGUUAUAUUCUAAGUGAUAUGAAGGGCAUAGAGGUUUGGGCCCCCAGUACAUCAAAAUUUAGUGUGGCCAUCAUGACUAAAGCACAGAGCAUACAUUUCGAUUGUGAACACAGCUCCUCGAGCUCACAACAGAGGACAAAGGAGAAGAGAGGAAAGCAAGCCUUUCAUUCCAGCAUUUUCCAUCUACAAAGUAUGUUUAUACAACUGAAACCUCUUUCAGCUUCAGCACUGCUUAUCUCCCUCAGUCAAUGUAGUGAGGGACUUUGCUGAAGUUGAUGAUAGUUUUCAAGUACUGGAAGAAUAUUUCCUCAUUUUUGUGACUGCUUCUGACUUCUACUAGAGUUACAGUAUUUAUAGAGCAACAUAAUUCCCUGUCAAUAGAAAGAAACUGGCCCAGCUGUGGUAAAAAAAUUUGGUAAAUUUAAGUCUCCCUUAAACUAUCUAGUCUACUAAUUUGUCAUUCUUUCACUUUUCUGCUCUACUGCCUCUGAUCCUCUGAAUAUAAGACUCUUGAAACUUUCCUUGUCAUAGAGAAUGUUUCCAAUUGUCUCUUUUUAUAGUUUUUACCUCUCACUUCCAUGGUGAAUAGAAGUGUCGUUUCUCUUACAGGCCAGUGAUAUUUAACUAUCACCAGGUUCCAGCCUAUCCAUAUAAAUACAAUGUUUUCUUAAAAGAAAUGGCAAAUAUGGAAGCAUCAAAAGUUAUUAAAUGUUGUGUCAGUCCUUAAAACCCAACUCAAGUGUGAAUCACAAGUCCAACACUUUUUUGAGAUGUAAUUGACAUUAUAUUAGCUUCAGAUCUACAACAAAAUGAUUCAAUAUUUGUAUAUACUGGGAAUCACCACAAUAAGUCUAGUUAAUAUCCAUCAACACAUACAUUAAAAAUUUUUUUCUUUUGAUGAGAACACUUAAGAUCUACUCUCUUAGCAACUUUCAAAUAUACAGUACAGUAUUAACUGUAGUCACCAUGCUGUACAUUACAUCCCCAUGACAUUUAAUUUAUAACUGGAGGAUUGUACCUUUUGUCACCCUUCACCCAUUUCACCCCUACCCUCUCUCCCAACUCUGGCAACCACCAAUCUAUUCUCUGUAUCUGUGAGUUUGGUUUGUUCUUCUUGUUUUAGAUUCCACAUAUAAGUGAGAUCGUAUGGUUUUUGUCUUUCUCUGUCUGACUUAUUUCACUCAGCAUAAUGUCCUCAAGUGGUUGCAAAUGGCAGGAUUUUCUUUUUUAUGGCUGAACUGUAUACACACACAGCAUUUUCUUUAUCCAUUCAUCGAUUGAUGGACACUUAGGUUGCUUUCAUAUGUUGGCUAUUGUAAAUAAUGCUGCAGUGAACGGGGGUGGGAGGAGCAUUGUGGGCUGGUGCAGAUAUCUUUUUUUUUGAGUUCACGUUUUUGUUCCAUUUGGAUAAAUACCAAGGAAUGGAAUUGCCGGAUCAUGUUCUAUUUUUUGAGGAAUCUCAAUACUGUUUUCCAUAGUGGCUGCACCUAUUUACAUUCCCACCAACACUGUACAAGCAUUCCCUUUUCGCCACAUUCUUACCAACACUUAUUUCAUGUCUUUGAUAAUUGCCAUUCUAACAGAUGUGAGGUAAUAUCUCCUUGUGGUUUUAAUUUGCAUUUCCCUGAUGAUUGGUGACAUACAGCUCCUUUUCAUGUACCUCUUGACCAUCUGUAUGUCUUCUUUGGAAAAAUAUCUAUGCAGAUCCUCUGCCCACUUUUAAAUCUUUUUCU